CGUAUAGGGACAUCGGGAGAAAAGCUGUGUCAUGGAGACACAUCUCUAUUCAAGUUGGCAUGUCAGGAGGAAGUAGUUGUUUGGUGUUGAUCACAGUGGGUCUCGGGCUCAUUUGUGUUCUUCUGCUGAUCUUCAUCAUACUGCAGCACAUCACCAUCACAGCAGAGAGAGACCUGAUAAAGAGUUACAAGAACACAGUUGAAGAGUUCAAUCAAACCAUCAACAGCUUACAAGACAAGUACACUGAUCUAAUGACUGAAAAACACCAACUGCAGAACAACUUCAACUCUUUCAGUCAGAAGAAACUGGAGUUAGAAAGCAAAGUCACUUCUCUAAGUGAAGAACUAAAGAAAGAAGCGUCUAAACGAGGUUGUUUUUUCAUGUCCAUUGAGUUGAAGAACUGGUCUGACAGCAGGCAGUACUGCAGGGAUCGUGGUGGUGAUCUGGUCAUUAUCAACACUGAAGAGAAGCAGAGACACAUAUCUUCAUUCACCACGGAGAGAGUGUGGAUUGGUUUGUCUGACACAGAGCAGGAGGGCAUCAUGAAAUGGGUGAAUAAUUCACCACUGAAACAAGGGUUUUGGUUCAAAGGUGAGCCGAAUAACUACAAUGGAGAUGAAGACUGUAUUGAACUGAAUUAUAAAAGAGAGACCCUGAACAGCUGGAAUGAUCGCAAAUGCUCAGAUAAGAUAAAAGGCAUUUGUGAAAAAUAGGGUUCAUCCCAUCUUGUGGUUUUGCUUCUAACAUAAACAUUCUUAUUGACGCAUUCUGACGCAUUAAUAUUUUGCUCCAUCACAAGCAGCUCAUUAUAAUCUUUUCUAGAUGAUAUCCUGUUUCUCAUUUGUUGGUCUGAGGUGUUGAGGAGACAAUCAAGUCCAACGUGUCCAGUUGCAUUGUUUAUUUUCCCUGUUAUUCUGA